AUGGGUGGCAAGGGCGGCGGUGGAGGUGGCGGCAAAGGGGGAGGAGGAGGCGGUGGCGGUGGAGGUGGAGGCGGCAGGAGCGUCGGAGGGGGAGGAGGAGGAGCAAAGGGAGGCGGAGGCGGAGGCGGAGCGAAGGGGUCAGGCGGCAGCGGGGGCGCCGGGAAGUCGUCCGGCACUGGCGGUGGCAGCGGCGGCAUGAUGAAGGCGCCCGGCGGCGACGGCGCCUACAUCUCCCGUCCCGGGUUCGAGUCCAACCCGCAGGGCUACUUCCAGGGCCUCCACGGCGCCGGAGGAAAGUAGCCGGAGACUGGGAGCGCUCUUCCCGUCUUCCGUCAGUCAGUCAAUCAGUCAGUGGAGCUUCUCGUCACUCGUCCGCAGCUUAAUUCGGCCAUGCAUGCAUGUUUACGCAUUGGCUUCUAAAUAAUGUAACCCCGUCAGAGCAGCCUGCAUGCUAGUCCAAGUCGGUCUCGUUCGCAGCUUUCGCUUGAUUGUAAUGGAAG